UCGAGCAAGUGUUUGGCCUACUUGAGUUACUCUUCUUCAGCACUUCAGUUGUCUGCCCUUGCCCUUGCUUUUGCUCUUGUUCUAGCUCAUCUUUUACUCUCUGCUUUUCAAUAUGGCCGAUGCUCCAAAUAUCCGUAUCGUUCCCGGUGCUCUCCCUCCUACGUCACAGUCGAAAAUUCAGAAGAAAAAACGUCGAUCAACCAAGCCAAAAACUGCAGACUCGCCUGCCGAAGGCUCCGUCAUUAUUCCCGAUGUUGCUUCUGCUGCUCUAGUUGACCGGGCACCAGAAGAGGCGGAUUUGAAGGAGGGCACAGUUGCUCCAGAACUUGUUGCGCCUUCUGAGGCUCCGACCUUCGACGAUUUGACCUCCAAGUCUAGUCCGGUUGUAGAACUUCUCCAGAAGCGCUUAAAAUCUCUAAACAAGAAAAUAUCCCGUGUAGCGAGCUAUGCAUCAACGGAUCACGAAAAAUUGAACGAUGACCAAAAGCGAACUCUGAAAACCCUUCCUCUGUUAGAGGCCGUUCAGAAAGAACUUGAAGACGUGAAAAAAUUGAUCGAGUCCCACGAAGCAGAUCUUGCCCGGGAAAUGGCGGCCAAGCGUGCAGAUGCUGAAGCUGCAGAGGCUGUCAGAGUCGCUGACGCUGUUGCUGCUGCUGAGGCAUCGUCAGCUAGCAAAGCCUCCGCUAUACUGUCUCUAAUUCGCUUGCAUACAUGUCUUUCAACUCGUCAACCUCUUCCAGCCGCUCUUGAUUUCAAUGACGCUGAAGGGGAAGCAAUAUUCUCUCUUUGCUCGACCCUCAUCAGCGAGGAGUCAGAAUUCAAGCAAGUAGCACUGUCUGGUCUACUCUCUGGACAAGGGGACUUCAAUGGUGUUUCGUAUGCAAGGCUGCUGGAUAUUGUACAGUCCUUCCUCAACCCCCCUCGUGAACCGACACCCUUACCGGCAGAGCCAGAUGCAGCGACGGAAGUUGCUUCUGAGCCUUCAAGUGACUCGCACACUGAAUCUCAGCCUAUUGCUGGCAUUCCCCCUGUCAGCGGCAGUUUGAGUGGAACUGGUAGCUUCCAUUUCAUGCAAGCGAGCGAGCUUGAGACCACCGACUUUGAGAAUACUGCUGAGUGGGUUGAGAAAUCCGAGAUUGAACUGACACAAAAUGGUGUUCUCGAGCACGAAGAACCUAUACAUUCAGCUGCAGAGGGCGAUGGUACAUCUACACAGCCCAUUGAUUGGGCCGAGGCAGACGAAGAAGGCGGUCUGCCAUCAAUCGCAAACCUACAAGCAAGUUUCGCUCCUUCAGGAUCAGCCACUCCUGUUGUUGAACCCGUACCUGCACCUUUGAAUGGCGUGGAAGCUGUCGCUGCCACUGCCCCAGAGCCUGAGGAUGAUGGCUUCACACAAUCACGAGGUCGCGGACGUGGCAGGGGUUUCCGCGGUGAGGGACGUGGUGGGCGUGGCGGUUACCGUGGGCGGGGUGAUUUCCGUGGCGGCGAUCGAGGAACAUACCGUGGUGGUUACCGAGGUGGCGACCGAGGUGGCGAGCGCGGUGGUUUGUUUCUCGAUCAUUUUGUUCGCGGCAUCCACUCACACCAUCUUUGCAGGCUACCGUGGUGAGCGUGGUGAACGUGGUGAGCGAGGUGAACGUGGUGAGCGAAUUGAACGGGGUGAACGUGGUGAGCGGGGUGGCCGGUUUGAUGGCGAUUGGCGAAGCGACGAAAAUCGUGGACGUGGCAGGGGACGUGGGCGUGGACGCGGGGACAGGGGAGGCGGAGAAAGGGGAGACAGGGGAGGUGAGCGAUCUACGAUGUUGCCUGCAUCAACUUCUGAGCCAAAGGCCUAGGCUAUCAUGAGGGGCGCGGAGCUCCUCCUUCUUGAGAGUAGUCUCUUUGAACCCAGGUGCUGAAGGUCUCAUAAAUCACGUCCUGAGCCUCUGACCACGGUUGCAUGCAUUGCUAUGACAUAUGAGUUUGAUGUAUGUACACCUUACCUUCACAUGAAAUGACAUUCCCAGUUCUUGCGAA